AUGAAUAGUAGCAACAGUACUAACAGUACUGCCACAGCUUCUAGCACGGACACGUCAACCCAACAAGUUGUCACGGCUUUGGUCAGUAAUGGUGCUAUUUUUGGUGUUUUCAUCGUAGCAUUCUUACUGCUACGUAUGAAACUGAAAAGGAUAUAUGAGCCCAAAUCGUCGUUCGAUCUGACCAAUGAAGAGAAGAAGCCAGAACCACUACCAAGAGGAAUAUGGCAAUGGUUGAAGCCUUUAUUGAAGAAGUCGGACAAUUUCAUCAUCCAGCAAGCCGGUCUGGAUGGGUACUUCUUUUUGAGAUACCUCUUUAUCAUUUCCAUUUAUUGCGCAGUGUCUAUCAUUUACAUAUUUCCCAUCUUAUUGGCUCUCAACGCCAGUGGUGAAGGCACUUCUCAAACCGGACUGAAUGAGCUGGCUUAUCAAAAUGUUAAGCACCGUGGCAGAUAUUUCGGCCAUGUUUUUUGUGGGUGGAUUUUCUUUUGGGGUUUUCUUUACAUUAUCUAUAGAGAACUGUAUUUUUACACUUCUAUGAAACAUGCCGUGCUGGCCUCUCCUCGUUAUGCUAAAAAACUAUCCUCCAGAACCGUACUUUUCCAAACUGUUCCUAAGCAGUACCUGAGUGAAGAAGAGUUCUCUAAACUCUUUGAUGGUGUUAAGAAAGUUUGGAUUGCCAGAGGUUCCGGUGAUAUCGAAUCUAUGGUCAAGAAGAGAGAUGGUAUGGCCCUGCAACUGGAAGGUGCUGUAACCCAGUACAUGAAAUCAGCAUUGAAAAAAAUUGAGAAACUAAACAAAAAGAAUCCUCAACUAUGCAUAUCUGAUAACAUUUCUGAAUACAUUCCCGAUAAGAAAAGGCCACAUCAUAAAAUCAACAAGGUUGCCAAAUUCUUUUUUGGUAAGAAGGUGGACACCAUAAGCUACAUCAAGGAAGAAUUACCCAAAUUGAAUGCGCAAGUGAAGGAACUACAAGAGAAUCACGAAAAUGCACAACCUUUCAAUUCUGUUUUUGUAGAAUUUGAGUCUCAAUAUCAAGCCCAAGUUGCUUCUCAGAUUACUACAUAUCAUGCACCUCUGUUCAUGACCCCAGCGCGUGUUGGUGUUGAACCAUCCAAUAUCGUCUGGUUUAAUCUGAGAAUGCUCUGGUGGGAAAGGCUAGGUAGAAGAGUUACUUCUUCUGCAGUAAUUGUCGCUUUGGUCCUAUUAUGGUCGUUUCCUGUGGCUUUUGUUGGUAUGAUUUCCAAUAUUACGUAUUUGACCAAUAAGCUUCCCUGGUUGAAGUUUAUUUACAAAUUACCAAAGCCAUUACUGGGUCUGUUAACAUCUCUAGCACCAACCGUAGCGUUGGCUGUUUUAAUGAGUUUUCUGCCAGUAUUCAUUAGAGCUAUGGCUGUCGCCCAAGGCUCUCCUUCUAAGCAAAAUGUGGAACAUUUCACUCAACAGGCUUACUUUGCCUUUCAAGUUAUUCAGGUGUUUUUGGUUAUUACUAUAUCUUCUGCCGCUACAUCUGUCGUGACUAAAAUAGUACAAGACCCUUCAAAAGCCAUGGAUUUGCUGGCCUCCAAUUUGCCAAAGGCUUCUAAUUUCUUUAUGUCAUAUGUUAUUAUGCAAGGUCUGUCCAUUUCAUCAGGUGCUCUUCUACAAAUCGUGCCAUUAAUUCUUUUCUACGCUUUGGGUGCUCUUUUGGAUGGUACCGUUAGAAAGAAGUGGAAUCGUUUUUCUGGGUUACCAAGUAUGCAAUGGGGGACGAUUUUCCCAGUUUAUACAAAUAUGACAGUUAUCAUCUUUUCUUACGCCAUUAUCUCUCCCAUGAUUUUAUUAUUCGGCGCAGUCUCAUUCUUCCUGUUGUAUGUGGCAUAUUUAUAUAAUUUGACCUACGUCUUUCAGGAGUCACCAGACGGGAGAGGUAUUUACUACCCAAGAGCUUUGUUUCAAUCUAUUGUUGGUAUUUACAUUGGUCAAGUCUGCCUACUGGGUCUUUUCGCUGUUGGUAAAGGUUGGGGCCCAAUCGUGCUACAAGUGAUUGGCCUCUGUGUCACAGUUUUUAUCCAUUUACAUCUAAACGCUGCAUUUGAUCAUUUAACAAAGGUUGUACCUGUCGAUACAAUGAAACCACUAGAUGGUGUAUCGGACACUCCUUCUUUCAAGAAUAUAUACCAGGGCACAGGGAAAGGCAUAGGAAAGAAAAAUAAUUUUGGUACAAAUAUCAACAUGGAUGGAAUCAAAGAACUGCCUGAAUUUCCAAUAAAGAAAUAUCACAAAAGGACUGACUCAGUUACAGAACAACAAGUUGAUAAUAGUCUAUUUAGUGAAAACACAUUUGAGUAUCAAUUCAAUCCGGCCAAUGAAGUAAACGCAGGACACAUUAUAGAUGCGCAAAAUAUAAUUGAAGACGUUCCAUUACUAGCAGAUGGUGACACAAUGAAUAUCCCUUCAGCACCUUGGUGGAAAAGGUUCCUAAAACCUCACAUCUACUACUCCUACAAAGCUUUAAAGAGCAGGUUGCCUGAAAUUUAUGGUUUGAUUGAUCCUGAUGAAAAAGUAAAUGAGUUUGACAUUGCUCAUGCCUAUGACUAUCCGGCUGUGAGUGCACAAUGUCCGGUACUAUGGAUCCCUAAAGAUCCUUAUGGAUUUUCCAAGGCCUUGAUUUCAGAUGUAGCCGGUGUCGUGGAUAUGACGGAUGAAAAUGCUGCGAUCGAUAAGGAAUUGAAGUUCACACUACGUGACAUACCGCCCUCUUAUGAAGAAGUUAAAAGUGAAGAUGCAGAUGAGGCAAUACAUCGUUCAAACGACGAAUAUAAAGAUGCUAAAGAGGAAGGUGAUCCAUUUGCGGAUUUCAACUAUAAAGGGGAAGAAAAUCGUUCGCCAGUUUAA